AUGAUUGCAACCAAUUGUGACAAAGAUGGGAACAACAUGCUACACUUAGUUGGAGAAUUUUCUCAACUAAAUAUCGUAUUAGGGGCAGCCCUUCAUAUGCAACUUGAGUUAUUAUGGUUUGAGGAGAUUAAAAAGAUUGUGCCCCUUGCAUACUUGAAGGCAGAGAAUUCAAAAGGAAAAACACCCAAGGAUGUAUUUACAGAAACACAUCAAGGAUUACAUAAAGAUGGUGAAAAGUGGAUGAGGGACACGGCAAAUCAUUGCAUGGUUGUGGCAACGCUAAUUGCCACGGUAGUUUUCGCUACAGCCUUCACUAUACCAGGUGGCAAUAAUCAAGGAAAUGGAACUCCUAUCUUUUUGGACCAUACUUGGUUUAUGGUAUUCUUCCUAUCAGAUUCAAUAGCAAUGUUAUCCGCUUCAACUUCGAUAUUAAUUUUCUUAUCAAUUCUCACAUCUCGUUACACAGAAAAGGAUUUUCUCGAUUCAUUACCUACAAGGUUGUUGUUUGGACUAUUAGCACUCUUCAUCUCCAUAGUAGGCAUGGUUGUAGCCUUUGGUGCAACUUGCUUUUUGCUCGACAUUCUUGCCUAG